GGACCAUGUCAAUAGUCAGAGAUCAACAGUCAGAGAUCUCUAGUGACUCUAGAGACUGACAGUCUAGUCCAGGCUGCACAACUACUUACUAAUACUACUUACUAAUACUAGCGCUAGCAAGCACUGCUUUGAGUCUGACUUGGGCUUUACCACUACCCCAGGCUUUGUAGUUUGGGCAGUUUGGCUUUGGGGCAAAAGAUCUGAUGCAGCACUUCCAUCUUGUAGUUGUACUUCCAACAGAUACUCGGAAACACAGUGUAGCGGGGAGCAGUCAGUUCGCAACAGGUGUGGGUUGUUUUUUGCUUUCGAGUGUUCCGGUUUGAUAGCACACGGUGCGGUUGUGCCUGUGCCAUCGGUCCCUUGACUAUCGGUGCUGCUUGGAACGUUGGCGAUGCUUCAAGCGGCGAGGAGAAGAUGAUUUUGCUGGAUUUAAGGCAAUAUUAGUGACACACUCGGCAUGUCUUCUAGCAAAGAUGCCACCAACUACGUGCUGUUGUCAACGGAAGAGUCCCAAUGUGAUUCGGAUGCGGUCAAAGGCGCAGCACCUUUGGAGACGUUGCAUGUAGCAGUCAAGAGAGAUGCUGUUGGGCAAGUGUAUACAGUGGGUGAUGCUAUUGAGUACAUAGGAGCUGGACGAAUGCAGUACAUACUGCUGGUAGCUGUUGCUCUUAGUGCUUUAUCACAAGGUGCUGAUGUGACAUACCUAUCUAUUCUGCCUUCACAAGCUGGCUGUGAUUUCAACCUUACACCAUGGCAUCGAGCAUUGCUGACUAUAGUAUAUUUCAGUGGGUGUACAGUGGGAGCGUUUCUAUUUGGCUGGGUCGGCGAUCGCUUUGGACGGAAAAUGGGAGUUAUGGCAGCCAUGAGUGUGGCCGCGUACAGCAGUAUCCUCGUCUUAUUCGCCUAUUCCUACGUGUGGCUUGUCAUCCUCCGCUUCUUCGCUGGAGUGGGACUGGGAGGAUUUUCACUGCGGAAUUCUUGGUUAUUUGAAGUUCUACCGACCAGAUUCCGAGUGCGAGCAGCUUGUGUUGUGCUGUUCUUUUGGACGAGUGGCACGGCAUUGGACGCACCUCUGUUCAUGAUCGGUAGCGUGGACUGGAAAAAUGCUAUGGCAAUAGCUUUCUCUCCGCUUUUCAUCGCCCUGAUCCUUAUGAUCUUUAUACCGGAGUCUCCACGGCUACUCUUGCAGUUAGGGUAUGAGGAAGACGCAUGCGAGGCACUCGAAAAAUUUGCCAGGUGGAAUGGGACAUCGCUACCGCCUGGAGAGUUGGUUACCGAGGAAGAGAAGGCUUUCCUUUCCGGCGCCGAGUUAAAACCAAAAAAAGAGUCAAGCUUUGGAGAUCUCUUUAAAACGAAAGAGCUCCGCAUGACCACCAUAUUGCUGUCUUUCAUUUGGUUUGCUCUGUUCUUCUCUGACUUUGGUAUGUACAUAUUGACUUCUGAAUUGCUGCAAAUCUCUCACCUGUCCGGCACUGGGGCAGGCGGCGCAUCAACUUACCACUGCACCCCACUGACUAAUAGUGAUUUGGUCAGCGUGAUGUUAGCCAAUGUCGCUUCGUUCCCAGGUCUGAUGAUCUUCUUCUUGCUUAUGGACUUCAUGGGCCGUCGUAAAUCCAUUGCUGUCAACUGCUUCUUGUCAACCGGUGUCAUUGGCAUUCUAAUGGUUCCACAUCUUAGCAGGGCUGCGCUGACUGCCCUUCUGAGCGCCCUGCGUUCUGUGAUGACUGCUGCAUUCAAAGUACUCCUCGUCUACACACCAGAGGUCUUCCCGACUGCAAUGCGUACUCGCGCCAAUGGACUGUGCCUGGCCGUCGGUCAAGCUGGAACAAUCUUCACACCACUGGCAGCUCAGGUUCUGCUCCGCGAGUCAGUUCAAGCUGGUAUGUCCGUCUAUUUGUUCUUCACCGGUCUGGCUGGCAUUGCUGCCUUGUUACUGCCUAUAGAAACUGCAGGACGAGCACUAGAGGACUGAUUAGAAGGAAACACCAACAAGACUGCGAACAGUGGAAGGAAUCAACAGGAGCCCAGUGGAAUGUUCAAGAUACGACGACAUUGCCAUAUUUUAUUCCGUUUCCUUGCUAGUCCAGUGAGCAGCCACUAGCAUUCAUUUCCUUGUGAAUUCUUGUUCACGUCGAAGUGGCAUUGUUUUUCACUGCUCUCUUAUAGGAACCUUUCAGAAUUACACACCGAUAGGCAUUCAAUUCAUAAUAACGUUAUUGGUGGCUGUUGCCAUUAGUUGUUCAUAACAAUGAUGAUGUAUUCCGCUGUUAGUUACUGGUUGUGUAUCGUAUGUUUCACUAGCAUAAGACCCAUGCCAAGGCCAUCCCCAUACUAGCACACUACAUUCCAUUGAAUUCUGAAGGAAAUAA